AUGGACUCGACACAUGUGAGCAAGUUUGCACCACACGUAUGGAGCCAAACGCUGGUCCAGUUCACCGAACCUAUCUCGCCUCAUUUGGCCGCAGAGCAACUUGGAUCAAAGCUUGAUUGGCAAGCUGAGGAUGCUUCUCUUGUUCGUCGAAUUAAAGAUUGGAUGCUGCUAUGCGAACAUGAGCCUCGUAUUAACGCUGCAAUCCUUGAGUCGGCUGGUGGCGUUCAUUCACCAUCGCCUAGCGGCUCGUCCCAGGCAGAUUUUCUACGGCCCUUGCGCUUACCAACGAUCCUUAUUGGGUCCAGUGUGCUUGGCGGAAUUAGCACUACACGUUGCUCAUACGAGAGUCUGCGCAUGCGGGGAUACGAUGUGGAUGCCGUACUUCUAUUCCCAUCGCCUCACUACCAGAACGAUAAAUAUCUUGCUCAAUUCUUCGCCGACCAAGGAAUUAGAGUUUUUGCAUUGGGUGGCCCCAAUGUAAAUUCGUGGGGCAUGCCACCGGCUCGUCAUACUAGCACCAAGCAAGAUGCCGAGCAGUUACAAAAAUACUAUCUUGGCAUGAUCCACGGUAACGGCCGCGAUGAUUGCAUGCUCGAUGUAGUAAAUCAUUUGCGUGAAUGCCAUGCAAAGCGUUAUGCGUCUCUUGAUACUCUUGGUGAGCGUGCGCAUCAGCACAUGUGGUGGCCAUUCACACAGCACACCCGAAUAGCACCAGAUGAUGUAACUGUUAUCGACAGUGCACAUGGCGACUUCUUCCAAACGUACGAGCCCUCAUCGUCGACGAUGAAACCUGUUUUGGACGGUUCUGCCUCCUGGUGGACUCAAGUCAUUGGGCACGGCCAUCCACGCUUGGCACUUGCGGCGGCCUAUGCGGCAGGCCGUUAUGGACAUGUUCUCUCUCCGGGAAUAGCACAUGCACCGGCAGUUACACUAACAGAGAGAUUGCUCGGUCACCACGAACCUUGUAGGCUUGCGCCUGGACGCGGAUGGGCAAGCCGAGUGUUUUUUUCUGAUGACGGAAGUACAGGCAUGGAAGUGGCUAUAAAAAUGGCCUUGCAAUCAAGUGUGCGGCGCUACAGCGCGGCGGUUGUGUCACCGACAACAGAAGCACGAAUCAAGCCAGGGCGCCAGUCGGCAUCACUCGGAGGGCGCACACCGCGCGAAUGGGAGAUACUCGGACUUCAGGGAAGUUACCAUGGAGAUACAAUUGGUGCUAUGGACGCGUGCGAACCUAGUGUGUUUAGUGAACAUGUCGCUUGGUACCGAGGACGGGGCUAUUGGUUCUCGCCCCCUACACUCCGAAUGAAAUGUGGCAAAGUGUAUGUGGAAACAAGUGACUCAGCAGAAUGGGGUAAAGAGCCCCAGUGCCUUGGUGUAUUUUCGUCAAUCGAGGAAGUACUCAAUGUACAAAAGAGACUCGACACGAAACUUGCGGCUUUUUACAAGCGCGUGGUGCAUGAGCGGCUUGAAAAUCUAGUCAUUGUGGAACGACGACGAUUCGGUGCUCUUGUACUCGAGCCACUAGUUAUGGGUGCAGGGGGCAUGAUUUUUGUUGAUCCACUAUUCCAACGCUGUCUCGUGGAUGUCGUGCGUGAAAGAGAAGAUUUGUUUUCUCUUACGGAUCCACCGCUUCGACACGCCCACAUGGGGCGUGUAACCGCAGCACGAUCAAAUGGAGAGUGGCGCGGUUUGCCUGUGAUCUUUGACGAGGUUUUUACCGGAUUGCGUCGUCUGGGCUGCAAGAUGGGCGCCGACAUCCUUGGUACAACGCCUGACAUAAGCUGCUUGGCUAAAAUACUAUCUGGAGGACUUGUGCCUAUGUCAGUCACACUGGCGUCAGAGAGUAUCUAUUCGACAUUUGCAUGUUCAAGAGAAAAGACGCACGCUUUGCUCCAUGGGCACAGUUAUACAGCACACCCCGUCGGCUGCCAGGUGGCGAUUGAGACAUUAGAUGUGCUUGAAGAGAUGGAUUUAAAUGGCUCUUGGACACCUUACCAAAAGCAAUGGAGUUCGGAGCAUUGGAGCGUAUGGGACAAAUCUUUCGUCAAUCUCCUAUCACAUGCGGAUCGAGUUUCUGGUGUCAUGGCUCUUGGCACCUUACUCAAGAUUGAGCUGAAAACAGAUUCCGUCAGUGGUUAUGCAUCGGACGCAGCGAAUGACCUCAUGCUCAAACUUGGCAAGCAGACAGGCAUCAUGGAGCAUGAUACUACUUCCUCCCUCUCUUCCCACACAUUUCCCCUACAUCUUCGUUCCCUGGGAAAUCCUUAA